AAUCCACCAACACGUCGGAGCUGCGCAUCUGCCGCAUGAACAAGGAGAGCGGCCCGUGCACGGGCGGCGAGGAGCUCUACCUGCUCUGCGACAAGGUGCAGAAAGAGGACAUCGCCGUGGUGUUCCGCAAGGAGGCGUGGGAGGCGCGCGCCGACUUCUCGCAGGCCGACGUGCACCGGCAGGUCGCCAUCGUGCUGAAGACGCCGCCGUACCAGCAGCUGGAGCUGGCCGAGCCCGUGGAGGUGGAGGUGUUCCUGCAGCGCCUCACGGACAGCGUGUGCAGCGAGGCCUGCCGCUUCACCUACCUGCCGCCGACAGCCCAGACGCCGCAGCCCACGUCCCGCAUCCGCAUCCCGGAUCGUGGAUCCGCAUCCCGGACCCGCAUCCUGGAUCCCGUAGCCCAGACCCGUAUCCUGGAUCCUCAUCCUGGAUCCCACAUCCUGGAGCCCGCACCCCAGAUCCUGGAUCCGCAUCCUGGAUCCCACAUCCCACCUCCUUCCUCCCAUAUCCCGCCUCCUGCUUCCCAUAUCCCACCACCUUCCUCCCGUAUCCCACCUCCCAAUUCCUGCAAUUCCGCCCAAAAAAAGUAA